AAAUUUGUAGAAAAAAUGUCGUCAGAUUUAUACUUUUGAAUUUUGAUUAAAGAAACUAAGAAAGUGAUACAGUAUAUGGUAGAUAUUUGUGAAAAUGGGGUUAGCUUCUCCGUCCACCAUUGUAGCAACUCAACAAAUACGAUAGAGAAGAAAACAUAGUACAGAUACGAUAUAGAUUAUUCUGCUAGGAUCUGGGAUUUGAGAGAGGGAGAAGAGAUGGGGAGGUUGUUCGUGGUGAAUCUGGAAGGGAAGAUCUAUAGCUGCACGUACUGCAGGACCCAUUUGGCUCUUUGUGAAGAUGUUGUCUCUAAGGCUUUCCAGAGCCGGCAUGGGAAAGCUUAUCUCUUCAAUAAGGUUGUGAAUGUUACUGUGGGAGAGAAAGAAGAGAGGCAUAUGUUGACUGGGAUGCAUACUGUUGCUGACAUUUUCUGCGUUGGAUGUGGAUCAGUGGUGGGCUGGAAAUAUGAGACUGCCCAUGAGAAGAGCCAGAAGUACAAGGAAGGAAAGUCGGUCCUUGAGCGGUUUAAGUUAUUUGGUCCCAAUGGAAACCAUUUCUGGGUCGGUCAUGGUCCUCAUGGAGCUCAUGUCGCUGGAAGUGAUGCUGAUGAGGCUUGAUUUCCCUAUUCCUAAUUGUAAAUUCUUUCUCCUCUAUUGCUCUCUUACAAGUCUUGUGAAUUCUUGAAACUAGUUUCCCCAUUUCGGCAGCUCUCCCAACUUGCUGUCAAAUAACAUGAUUGUAAACAUUCGAUCACCGAUUCUGAUUCAAUUGGUGUUCCAACUUCAAUUAAAUCUUUUAUUUCAAUUCCAUGAU